AUGACAGAGAAGUUAUUAAAAAAAGAUAAAAGUGAAAAAAGAAAAAAAAUAAAGAAAAAAAAAAGAAAUAAAAAAAGAAUAGAAGAAAUGCUAGAAGUUAAGUCGAAUAUAGAUGAUAUAUUCAGUAAUAUAAAAAUAAAAAACAAAAGUAAUAAGGUUGAUGAAACAGAAAAGGUUAAAAAAGAUUCAAAAAGCAUUAUAAAGAAUAAAAAGAAAAAAGAUAAAAACCAAGUAUCACGAAAGAAGGUAGGUGAAAGACUGUAUACUCCAGAUGGUUUACCUAUUUAUUCAAUGGAAGAACUUAAGAUGGGGAAAGGAGGAUACACAAAAGAAUGUCCUUUCGAAUGUAAUUGUUGUUUUUAA